AUGUUCUCCCUACGCAAUAACUCAUCCUCCAACUCCAAUCCGUUCCGUCCAGCUCUCCAAUAUCUGGUCGCAGCUACCAAAGAAACUCCAACAAGCCACCACCAGACCAAUUCCUCCGGGAGUAUCGACUCUGAUAUUGACGGGCCUCGCUCGAGAAUGACUUCAUGCAACCCCAAAUCCUCCUCUGAAUUCCGCUCCACCUCAAUCCCCUUGAUCAAUAUUUCUCGGUCGCCCUCCCCUUAUCACCAACGCCAGCACUCGGACUCGAAUCCUACCUCGGAAACGGACGAUGAUGACUGGGGCGACUACCCAGCAUCACAGCGACCGUUCCUUCCAGAAGAUGGGUAUAAGCUCACUGGAUGGCGAGCGCUUCUCUACCGCGGAGGCUUUGGGCAAUGGCUCUUCACAACCCAGCUAGGAUGGACGGUGUAUAUCGGUGUUCUGGUCCUAUGGCUGGGAGGUUGUCAGAUUGGCUUGACUAUCAUGAAUAGGAUAAUCCUGUGGAGUGGGUACCUGGCAAACAACUACACGUCCCACACGAAGCUGAUGGUUCUAAUAGCGGGGGUGUACAAGUUUCCGUAUCCUCUCACAACGACCCUGUUCGAGAUGCUCAUUACCCACUUCUUCAUCCUGCUUUCGGCUUAUAUCACACGUUGGGUGAGCCCGUGGCUUACGAGUGCUGGGGUAUCCUCGAUGAUUGCCCCCUCGAAACCGCUGCAAUCGGGAGUUGCUCCUGGUUUCAAGGGGCAACAAAAGAAUGUCGGAUUGUUAGGCUCUCUAAUUAGAUGGGCUUCGGGGUUUUCAGGCGGUAUUGCUGGGGGGGGUCUGUUUGAAUUCGACCUAGCAGUGGUGAAACAAGUCUUGCCAUUGGCGGUCAUUUUCGUCGCAAAGGUCUCACUGAGCAACCUAUCCUUUGCCUAUGCCCAACUCCCAAUUUAUAUGCUAGCACGCAUUGGCAUAGUACCGCUCUCUCUCCUCUUUACUGCCUUUCUCACAGGUGCGUCACAUAGCGUCGCGACGCUCUCUUCCGCCCUUACGGCAACCCUCACCCUUCUCGUGGCGACGUCCCGCGCCAAUGUCCGGGUAACGUGGGAGAGUAUUGUUGCCGGCGUCUUCUCCUCCAUCUUCGUUGCGCUAUAUCCGGUUCAGAUCCAUCGAACCUAUAAAUCCCUUGUCGCUUCUUUAGUUCCGCAGGGAGAGCUUAUCGGGACGUUUCCGUCCUCAAAUUCGCCGGCGGAUUACUCUGGCUCGCGCGAGGAAGCGCGGGCAUACUGGCGCUUACUUCACUACACGUCCCUCUUAUCAAUUAUGAUAUUCCUACCUAUAGUCUUCCUCUCGGGCGAAGUUUCUAACAUUUCCCGAAACUGUUAUUUUCUGGAUGUGUUCUUUCACUGGCUCAUGGUUCUCUGUGGCGGAUUAGGUAGCUGGGCUGUAUUCUUCAGCACCAUUGCACUGACUAGGGCGACAAGCCCUCUUACAGCCACCUUUCUAUUUGUACCAAGGGCAGCCUUCUUGUUACCUAUCAUGUCGGGUUUCAAGAUGCCCAGCUAUGCGUGGAUUGGAAUCGGGAUGUGCUGGGCAAGCUGUGCCUGGUUUUUGAUGGGCCGGAGGAGAGAGGGUCGGCCUAUCGAGCGGUUUUGA